AUGGAAGGCUCAAUGCGGCGAAAAGUGAGUGAUGACGCGAGCUCCAGUCGAAGCGCCGACCCUAAAGCCGAGUUCAAGCCGUCGCCGAAGGACAAAAUGAGAAAUCGCCCAGAGAACGACUUGAUCGACAGCAACAGAACGACAGAUGAACCCACUUUCACUAAGAGCGGUGUACCAGGAGAAACCGAAUGCCUUGGGAAAGCACAGAUGCGACAGGUGACGCAGAUGAGGAUUUAUUACUAA